AAUGAACUAGUUAACAAAUCAAAACAAACAGCUAACGGAUAAAUGUAACAUUAUUUUCAAUUUUGUUACUCUAAUUCAGUUUAAUAUUUUAAUGUCAGGCAUCUUUUUUUUACUUAAAAAUUUAUUUUCUAGUGGACUUCUCUGGUGCACGCUCCAUAAUUAUUUAAAAUAAUGCCAUAUUUUAAAGAUAUAGAUCCUCUUCGUGAAGAACAAGAAGGCAGAGUAAGGGAAGUAGGGCCUCAAGCUGUGUGGUCUUUGUCUUCUUGCAAACCAGGAUUUGGAGUCGAUCAGUUAAGAGAUAAAUGGCUAGAAACAUAUUGGCAAUCUGAUGGUCCCCAGCCUCACCUAAUUAACAUUCAGUUUAGAAAAAAGACAACUAUACAAGAUAUUUAUUUAUAUGCUGAUUACAAACUGGAUGAAAGCUAUACCCCCAAUAGAGUCUCUGUUCGAGCUGGAACACAUUUCCAUGAUUUACAAGAAAUUGAAGUUGUAGAAUUAAAUGAACCAAGUGGAUGGGUUAAAAUUCCAUUAAAAGACUCUUAUGGGCAACCUAUACGGACUUAUCUUGUGCAGAUAGCAGUGUUGUCUAACCAUCAAAAUGGGCGUGAUACACACCUUCGGCAAAUACGGGUGCAUUCUCCUGUCGAAAGACAUUGUUUCGCUGCUAUAAAAUUUCCCAUGCUGACUAGUACUGAGUGCUCUCAAUACAGUUGUAUCAGGUAGAAGUGAAAAUUUUGUGCAUUGUAUAUUAUUUUAUGGCUGUCUUUUAUUAUUUUGUAUGUGCUGAUAUUAUAAAAUAAUAAAUGGAAACUUUUUGUUA